AAGCGGUACCAUGGGGUUUUACGUCAAUUCACCCGAACUCAGAUAUAUACAGAGCCAGCAAGUCCCCUACGUUACCUACCAAGCCGGCUGUCCCAAGACGCCGGUGACGGGGACUCCUUCCUUCCACCAAUCACGUCACGCCACCUCGAUCACCGGGUCCCUCAUCCCUCGCCACGUGUCCCAACCUUUCUGUGCCCCUCGACGGACGCCGUCAAAUCCCAAUCUCUCUCUCUCUCUCCCUCUCUCCCUCAGUUUUUUCCGUCAACCGAGAAAACGCAACCCAACAAAAAAAAAACACCACAACGCAAAAUUAACGUUUUCCGUAAACGCGAAAAGCCGGUCAACCCAAAACACCCCCAACCCCGUCUCUCUCUCUCGUCUUCCCUCACUUAAAGCUAUAUCCCAACCCCCAAAAACCUAAAUAUUCACAUCGCCGAUAUCUCCUAUCCUACGGCCUCCGGCGCACGAUAGCACCCACCACAAUCCCUAGCUCUCUAUCCCUCCGAAGAAGUCCCAGCUCUCAGAUCGGCGCUAUUGUACGCCUGGUGCGUUCUUCACCACCGAAUUUCAGAUCCAGACCGGACCGAUCUCCGCCUUUCUCUGUUUUGAGAUCGGCGCGCACCAUAGCAAAUCGAAGCGAUGGAGGAGGAUGACGAGAUCCAAUCACCGGCGUCGGGGAGAAGCGGAUCGCCGGAGUCGCCGAGGCAGAACGGUCGGAUAACGGUGACGGUGGCGGUGCCGUCGGCUCAGAUUCCGGCGCCGGCGUCGCAGCCCCAGAGCAAGGGCUUGACGCUGGCUCUACCGUCGCAGGGGCAGCAGGGGCGGAGCAGCGGAGGAGGAAGGGAGGACUGCUGGAGCGAAGGAGCGACAGCGGUGCUGAUCGAGGCGUGGGGGGAGAGGUACUUGGAGCUGAGCAGAGGGAAUUUGAAACAGAAGCACUGGAAGGAAGUGGCGGACGUCGUCAGCAGCAGAGAGGACUAUGGUAAGACACCCAAGACUGAUAUUCAGUGUAAGAAUAGGAUCGAUACUGUCAAGAAGAAGUAUAAGCUUGAGAAAUCGAAGAUGGCAGCGGGCGGAGGACCCAGUAAAUGGCCUUUUUUUGAGAGGCUCGAUCAUUUGAUUGGGCCCUCCUCUGCUGCUAAGGUGGGUCCUGGCUCUGGUGGCGGUGGCGGGUUUUUGGCGCACAACCAGAAAGUGCCGAUGGGAAUGCCGGUCGGGGUUCGCCCUGGUCAGUAUUUCGGGCAACGGGACUCGAAACGGGAGGUAAAGAUUAGACCAAGGAGUUUGGUGGAUUGGGACUCGGAUGAGUCCGGGGAGCUGUCACCUUUUUCGAUUGAUAACGAGGUUUUCGAGCGGAAGAGGCGGAGGAGGACGGUGCUGCCAGAGGCGAAUGUGAACAAUGCUGGUGGCGUGGGAAAGGGAGGGACUGGAACAAAAGAUGGAGGGGUGGGUAGAGAGAAAGGAGGAGGAGGGUGGGGGAGUUCAGUGAGGGAAUUGACUCGGGCGAUAAUGAAAUUUGGGGAGGCUUAUGAGCAUGCAGAGACAGCAAAGUUGCAGCAGGUGGUGGAGAUGGAGAAGCAGAGGAUGAAGUUUGCCAAGGAGCUGGAGCUGCAGAGAAUGCAGUUCUUCAUGAAGACCCAAGUGGAGAUUUCUCAGCUCAAGCAUGGGGGUGGGAGGAGGAGUGGGAAUGGGAAUGCUGGUAACCAUCAUAGCAACAACAAUAACAGUGAUUGUAGCAACUAGGAAAGGUGAAAAAAAAAACCCAACCCAUGUUGGCAAAUUAGUAUUCCAAAAUGGUAGAAUUUGAGUGUAUGAUCUGUUGUUCUUGUCUUGUCAUCUAGUUGGUGAGUUUGUGAAAUGAUGUAGAAGACACUAGUCAUCAGUAAAUGCUUGUUUAGAAUGUAGAGGUUGGAUUAUUGUUGGCAAUGGUAAAUGAAUCUAGUCUAUUGAAAUGGUGCACUUGUUAUUUGAA